AUGAGAUACAUACCGAAAUGGGUGGAUAAGAUCCAAGACAGCGAAAAAUGCGGACAGAGUAUAUACGAUUUGUGUUUCAAUCCGGACGGAUCCCAAUUGAUAGUAGCAGGCGGCAACCACGUACUGGUGUACGAUACGACCAACGGAUCCUUAGUGCAGCUCCUGAAGGGCCACAAAGACAAAGUCCAUUCGGUUUGUUACGCCAGAAACGGCGAAAAAUUCGCCAGCGGAGGCGCCGACAAGUCCGUGAUAAUAUGGUCGAGUAAGCUCGAAGGUUUGCUGAAAUACAGCCACGGGGAUUCCGUGCAAUGCAUGGCCUUCAACCCCUUAUCGCACCAGCUAGCUUCUUGCGCGCUGUCGGACUUCGCCUUCUGGAGUUCGGAGCAGAAGGCGGUACAAAAGCACAAGAUAAACGCGAGGAUAAAUAGUUGUUCGUGGACCAACGACGGGCAAUAUCUAGCGCUGGGACUGAGCAACGGGGUGAUCUCCAUACGAAAUAAACUCGGCGAGGAGAAGAGCAAAAUCGAGCGGACGAGUAACUCGCCCGUUUGGGCUAUAGCUUGGUGUACGAAUAGAGAAGAUCAAACUGAUACUUUGUGCGUUACCGAUUGGAAUAAAAACCUGUCGUUUUACACGCUGGGCGGCAAAUUGGUGGGGAAAGAAAGGAAUUUGGGCUACGAAGCGUUGAGAGUAAGGUAUUUCCCGCACGGCGAUUUCAUCCUCAUAGGAGGCCUCAAUAUGGCUUGUACGAUGUACACCAAGGAAGGGAUUAAAUUGGGUACGAUUGGAGACGCGCAGGAUUCUUGGGUGUGGUGUUGCGAUGCUCAUCCCAGCGGGAAUUUUGUUGCUGUAGGUUGUGAAGACGGUACGGUUGCUUAUUAUCAACUGGUAUUUAACAUGGUACACGGCCUCUACAAGGAACGAUACGCGUUCAGAGAAAACAUGACCGACAUAAUAAUCCAGCAUUUGAUUACCGAACAAAAAGUGCGAAUCAAAUGCAGAGAUCUCAUCAAGAAGAUAGCCAUUUACACCGAUCGUUUAGCUGUUCAAUUACCCGAAAGGGUCGUGAUAUACGAGCUAUAUUCGAAAGACUCCAACGACAUGCACUACAGAGCCAAAGAAAAAAUCACGAGAAAACUGGAUUGUAGCCUGUUAGUGGUGUGCUCGGCGCACCUCGUCAUAUGCCAGGAGAAGACCCUUCAGAGCAUGCUAUUCACCGGCGAAAGGGAGCAAACGUGGACCUUCGACGCCCCCAUACGGUACAUCAAAAACGUCGGAGGCCCUCCGGGCAAAGAAGGCCUCGUACUGGGUUUGAAAAACGGCCAAGUGUGGGAGGUGCAUUUGGAUAACAUGCAUCCUCUAUUGAAGGUGACUGUAAACGAAGGUAUAAGAUGCUUGGAUUUGAGCCAAAGAAAACAGAAAUUAGCGGUGGUGGACGAUUCGGGAAUGUGCCAAAUAUUCAAUUUUCGCACCGGUGAAUUGCUGUUUCAAGAAGCCAGCGCCAACAGCAUAGCCUUCAACAACUUGUACGAAGACAUGCUGGCGUUCUCGGGCGACAACACUCUAUCGAUCAAAGUGAUGGACUUUCCCGCUCACACUCAAACCAUGGGCGGCUUCGUGGUGGGCCUGGCCGGCUCGAAGGUCUUCUGCCUCAACGGCUUCAGCAUGAACACGAUGGAAUUGCCGCUGAGCACACCGAUGUACCAGUACAUCGACAAGCGCAUGUACGACGAGGCCUACAGGGUGGCCUGCUUGGGCGUCACCCAAGGCGAUUGGGAGGAACUCGGCCGCGCCGCCCUCGAGCACUUGGAAUUCGAAACGGCCCGCUUGGCGUUCGUCAAACUUCAAGAUUUCAACAGUUUGGAGCUGAUCGAGGACCUGCGCGAGCUGCGCAAGCUCGGCAACUAUCCGAAGGAGGUGAUGCUGGGCGAUAUAUUCGCGCACAAGGGUAAAUUGAAGGAGGCGGCGAAAUUGUACCAGCGCGGCGGGCACGAGUACAAAUCGCUGACGAUGUACACCGAUUUGAGGAUGUUCGACGAAGCUCAGGAGUAUUUGGGAUCGAACGAUAACACCGAAUUGAUCAGAAGGAAAGCCGAUUGGGCGAGGAACAUCAACGAACACAAAGCCGCCGCUGAUAUGUAUCUAUCGGUCGGAGAUAACGCUUCAGCCGUGGAAAUAUUCGCCGAAAACGGGUGGACCGAUCAGCUGGUGGAUCUAUCGAGAAAAGUGGAAAAAUCGGAGAGAAACACCCUAUUGACGAUAGCCAAGCAUCUGAAGCGCUUGGACAAUUCCUCUGCGGCGGCGGAAAUCUAUCGCAGGCUGGGCGACGACGAGGCCGUGUUGCGGUUGCACGUCGAAGCGCAGGAAUGGCGACAGGCCUUCGCCUUGGUGAGAAACCAGCCAAGAUACGACGCGCUGGUGUACGUGCCGUACGCCCGUUGGCUGGCCGAGAACGACAGAUUCGUCGAGGCCCAAAGGGCCUUUCACAAAGCGGGCAGGUCCCAGGAGGCUUUCAAGGUGUUUAUGCAAUUGACCGAUAACGCCGUGAGCGAAUGCAGAUACCACGACGCGAGCUAUUACUAUUGGAUCAUAUCGAGGCAGUAUUUGGACAUGUCGAAGGAGGCGAGCAGCAAAAGCGAGCAGUAUUUGAAAUGCUUCGAAACGAACGAGAAACUCGCCGAAAUUUACUACGCUUACAAUACCGUACAUAAAUAUUUGGAGGAACCAUUCACUUCGUACAUGCCUGAAGCCCUAUUCAACAUAGCCAGGUUUCUGAUGACGGAAGUGACGGGUAGAAAGCAAUGCGUCAAAGGAGUGUCUACGUUCGCUAUUCUCUAUACGUUAUCGAAACAGGCGAAGAAAUUGGGCGCGAACAAACUGGCCAAGCAACUACUAGACAAAAUCCAGAACCUCCGGAUACCGCGCAAGUUCCAAGAGCAAGUUGAAAUAGCGGCGGUAUCGGCGCGGGCGAAGCCCCACAGCGAUCCCGAGGAGCUGUUGCCGAUGUGCUAUCGCUGUUCGACCUACAAUCCGCUGUCUUCGGCUACGAAUAGUUGCGUGAAUUGCGGCGAGCGAUUCGUCUAUUCGUUCGUCAGUUUCGAGCUGCUACCGCUGGUGGAAUUCCGACUGGACGAGGAUAUUACCGACGAAGAAGCGGCGAGAUUGAUCGAAACGCCUAGUGUGGAUAAGAAGGAGGCCAAUUGGGAGGAGAACAUAUCGGAGAACCAGCAAACGCUGCGAUUGGAGGCGGAAAAUCCGGCCGGACCGGACCCGUUUACGUGGAAACCCGGAGCAUCAGGAUCUUCUGCGGACGGGGACGGUUUCGUGCCGGUGAUUGUAGGUAGAGAAACGUUGUUGGGUUUGGAUUGUUCGAGCGUGUUGAUUUGCAAAUGGCCGGCGCCGUUGCGGUGCAGGUACUAUAGGAAUUUGCUGCCCGAAAUGUUGAUUAGCAUGUGCGAGUUUUGCUUUAAAUGUUUCCACGUGGACGAUUUCGAGUUGCAGGUACUGCAAAACGGGCGUUGUCCGUUUUGCAGGAAUUCGAAUACCGUCGAUACCGCUGCCGUAGCGGAUGCUGUAGAUGAUUUCGUGUUGUAA